ACUUCCGUGAGGCUUACUCCUGGGUUAGUGUCCAGAGGUUGCAGCCUCUUCAAUGAAGUGCAUGGUACAAAUGAAUGAUGCAGAGUUGUCCUUUUCCAUGAUGCCCUUACAGAUAACCGAGAAACGGCGCAGGGACCGCAUUAACAGCAGCCUAUCUGAACUAUGGCAUUUGGUUCCCACUGUCUUUGAGAAGCAGGGCUCUUCCAAAAUGGAGAAAGCAGAGGUCUUGCAGAUGACAGUAGAUCACUUAAAAAUGCUUCAUGCCAUUGGAGGCACAGGUAAAAAAGUAUCGGAUUACAGGAUGAUCGGUUUUCGUCAGUGCUUCACAGAAGUAGUGAGAUACUUGGGCACCUUCAAGUGGCAGAGUGGCACCAAUUCUAUCCAGCUACGGCUCCUCUCCCACCUGAACAACUAUGUGGCUGAAAUGGAACCUCCUCCUAGAGCGACGUCCUCUCUCUUGCCCUUCCAGUCCUGGCCUUGGUGGCUUUUCCAUAAAUCCCUAGCUCCUUCUUCCCCACAAGUCCAUCUCCCCAGGAGGGAGGGAAACCCUGGCUUGGCUGUCCUAGCUGCUUCGUCGGGAAUCUAUCCAGGCCCCAUGCUGGGAGGAACACCCAUUUGCCAAAUUCCAAAUUCUCUCACAUCAGUCUGCCCUAACACCUUGUUUAGUAGAACUUCACCACCCCAACAGAGUAAGCAUCGCCCACUGAUGACAACAGCCACCCCCAGUAGUGCAUCUAGUGAGAGGCCAAGGGAGGCAGCGGCCCCCAGGAGCAGCCAGUUUGCAGCCCUUCUCUUCCCUUCAUCCUCCUCCUCUUUGGCUCACAGUCCAGGAGCACCAGUUUACAUGCCUCCACCACCUCCAGUUCUAAACGCUUCUGCUCAAGGACCAGGAAUCAAAACCAGAAAAGCUGCUAGGCUCUGCCAUUCCUGGACUAUGGAAAUUGGAGCUUUGUGA